AUGGACCCCCAGCAUCCACUCCACCAACCGUUCACUCGCAAAUCGACAUUCGGGGCUAUUCUACAAGAAUCCGGACCCGUGCCGUUGCCUCCACGGUUAUACGGACCGGGCUCGCUGCCGACAACUAGAAGGUCCCAAGGAACCUACGAUCCACUAGGACGACGAGAAAAUGAACUCUCGCCAGCAGCACCCCCAGGACCACCUCGGUCGUCCCUGAUCUAUCCACCUCAUGCUUACCAUCACGAAAUCAUCCGCCAUGGGAAACCAUCCCCACCCCCGGGCCCCUUCGCGUCCAUGCAUCCCGAGCCCACGCCAAGCUUCCAUUCGCGACAUUCGAGUCGCGGUUCUGUUAUGAAAAGUGGUGAAGGAGUGAAGGAGCCAGGCAACGCCCUAUAUCGUGAAGGUAAGGGAAAUAUUUCAAGACCCAUAGAUUAG